CCGAUCGUCUCCUCUCAUGUAUGCAGGCAAACCUCAAACAUGUGUCCGGAUGUUGUAAUUAGCUAUGCACGCCAAGUUUUUGUACACCAAAAAUGAAAAGUAGUUAUUAGGAUGAAAUGGAUAAGGCCAAUUUAAAGGUCAAGAAAAUUUCACUCGAAUCGACGCCUAUAAAAGAUCGAUGUAGUUUAACCAACGAAGUCCUAUCGAUACCAUUCUGCUAAUACAGCUCAAACCGAUAAUAUUUCGCAAAAAAAAAAAAAACCUGCCUAGAAUUUAUCUAGGGCUGCCAAGCUUUCGUCCUUGUCGCUCAUGCUUCCAAGUCACUAUACGAAUUCCACACCACGUUUGGGUAUGGUAAGUGCAGACUCUUUCAAUAUCUGGGAAUGAGAUAGAUUUUCCUGAAGGUGAAAAGAGUUUAUUAUGUAUGAGCUGGAACAUGGAUUGAACCACCGGAGAAACAAACUGCAGCAUCCCCAUGGCGACACUUCACAUCGGCCCCGUUCCACCCAAUGUUUCCAGUGUAGAAAAGAGUCCAGCCUUGCUUCAUCUUGGAUUAAUAACCUCAUACGUCAAUUCCAAUGUCUUUCCCGCUGCACUCCCCGGAGAUUCAUGGGAUACGCAUGGAGGAACGGCUAAAAAAGAUAAACAAACAAGCCCGCAUCCCUCAUUCAAGCCGCAGAAAACUGCAUACAGUAUCUGCGAGGGCCGCAGAAAUCACAUGCUCGGUCGGAGUACGCUACGCAAUGUUUGCACGAGCACCAUCGCGGCCCGCCUGCAGCUCGGCCGGAUUAAGUCACGUGGACAUCCGAUUCGUACCGAUCGCGGCCGCUCGACGCACAAUGCCCCGAUCAUCCACACGGAUGGACGUAUGGAAAAAGGGUUAAUGGCUCUCUCAGGAAUAACACGAGCACCCUUGCACCUAUCAGAGCGGGAAAGCUGGAGUGACACCUACCGCUUGCAUUACCGGUAUUCCGGAGCUGCACAUUUACCGUAUCCGUGAAGGGUGUAGGAGAGUGAGUUAUUCCGGCAUGUAGCCGGCAGAAGUGGGGCGCCCUUAGCAGCUUUUGGGCCGCAUCUGGUUCUCACAACAGAAAAGCUUUUCGCAUUCUCAAGACCUGACACUUUCUCAC